CUUAACCGUUCAAUGACUGUUUGCCGAUCCAUCACCAGGAAUUGUUUCAACGCGGUUUCGAUGUUUCAUUUAUCUCCCCUAGAGCAUUCGCAAUGACAUGGUAACGGAUUGAAGUCCAAUAUAUAGCAUAGGUUGAAAUGACUCUUCCACACCUCUCUCUUCUUCCUACGACGAUUUGACAUGCUAGCUUGUGCUCUCCUAGGGUCAUAUAUAGUUUAUCACAGAGCUCGCUAGCUUUUCACAAUCAUAGCAGAGCCAAACCUACAUCUAGGAACACCAGGCCAGGAAUUUACAUGGUUAUCCCUCUGAGUUUAAUGGUUGAUAGAGAAGGGACUGAAUGCCGUAGGACUCCCUUGAAGAACUUACUUCAGACUGUUAUGGGAUGAGGACCCAAUAACACUCGUUGAUAUUCCACAGCUCUCUUCUGUAUCUGAUGAGAACCAACAUCAUAUUCAAUGAGCGCACAGCUCUUCAAAUGCUGGCCUUCGUGUCAUAGAGGAUGCAUAUUAUCCUAAUUCUCCAAUAUACUAUUGAUCACACCUGGUCUCGUAUAAACACCCUAUUAGCUAUACCCCCGUCUCGUUCAUGCAGACUAUGGAACCAAGGAAGGCUCUGGGAAGGUAUGUUCCAUGGAUGGGGCAAAUGGGGAGCGGGUGUUGGUUAGGGUUAUAUCA